UCACAGAGGACCUGACCUCUGCCAGGCAGGUAGAAGAAGACCAGACUUGGCAGAGGGCAGUAGGCAGGAGACCCUGGGGUGGGCCCAGUGGGUCUGGCUGCUGUCUCCAGGCUCUGCAUAGGGUGCCUGCCAGCCCACUUUCCUCCCCUGGGCCAAUCACAGAAUAAACAGGGCAGAAGCCAAGAGGAAGAAAGAGGUAGAUGAACACAGCUGGACAGGGAGGCAGAGGACAUAUAGUAGUGCCACUCCAGGGACAGGAAGGAAGACAGUCAACACCUCUUCCCUGACACCAGGCAGACCUGAUUGCUAAAGCUCUGGGGACUCUGACACAUAACCUCUGACCCCUUCAGAGGGACAAUGACAACAUAAGGCAGGGAAAGGCUGGGAUACAUCAGUCCAGCAUCACCAAAGCCAUAUCAGGCCAACGAGAGAGUACAGAACAGAUCAGAACCAACAGAAAAAGAGUCACAAGGUGAGAAUUCAGCACAGCCCGGGGGAGAGCUGGGAUCCCUGAGCUGUGCUCUGCUUCACGGACUGCAGCCUGUGGAGACCAGCCAGGUUUGAGUCCUGUACCUGAGAGGAACUUUAGAGAGGAGCCCUGGGAUGCAAACAGGUUGGGGACAGUGGAUGACAAAGAUGUGUGAGCCCUGCCUUGGCCCCUAAGAAAGUUCGUGCUUGGUCAUUCUGCCCUUGUGACAUUCCAGUUACAGCUUGCAGUGGCCCUGUUUUACAGAUGGACAGACUGAGGCUCAAGUGGCAGCCCACCCCAGCCAGACGAGGGCCUCCCUACCAGCCCCUCAGCGGUCUCAGUCCCCUGGAAAAACCUUGGCCCCAGCAAAGGUCAUAGGGAGUCCCCAGGGGGCUUGGUGGAAGCUUCUGCUUCCCGGAAGGAGGCCCAGGCUGAAGAACACUCAGCAGCCGCUCCGCUGGACGUAUCGCGCCUGCGCAGCUCCUCCAUGGAGAUCCGGGAGAAGGGCUCAGAGUUCCUGAAGGAGGAGCUGUACAAGGCCCAGAAGGAGCUGAAGCUGAAGGACGAGGAGUGUGAACGGCUUUGCAAGGUGCGUGCACAGCUGGAGCAGGAGCUGGAGGAACUCACAGCCAGCCUGUUCCAGGAAGCUCACAAGAUGGUUCGGGAAGCCAACAUGAAGCAGGCUGCGUCAGAAAAGCAGUUGAAGGAGGCCUGGGGCAAGAUUGACAUGCUACAGGCAGAGGUGACAGCCUUGAAGACACUGGUCAUCACGUCCACACCAGCCUCUCCCAACCGUGAGCUCCACCCACAGCUGCUGAGCCCCACCAAGGCCGGACCCCGAAAGGGCCACUCACGCCAUAAGAGUACCAGCAGUUCCCUCUGCCCAGUUGUGUGCCCCACUGCAGGGCAUAUCCCCACCCCAGACAAAGAAGGCAAGGAGGUGGAUACGACCCUGUUUUCAGAGUUCCAGGCUUGGAGGGCAUCACCUACCCUGGAUAAGGACUGCCCCUUCCUGGAAAGAGUGUACCGGGAGGAUGUGGGCCCCUGCCUCGACUUCACAGUGCAGGAGCUCUCAGCUCUGGUGCGGGCUGCUGUGGAGGACAAUACACUCACCAUCGAGCCUGUGGCUUCACAGACACUGCCUGCUGUGAAGGUGCCCACUGUUGAAUGUCACAUCACCAACACAUGUGCCCUGAGUGGACUGGCCCGUACCUGCCACCACCGAAUCCGCCUCGGGGACUCUGAGAGUCAUUAUUACAUCUCUCCAUCAUCCCGGGCCAGGAUCACUGCAGUAUGCAACUUCUUCACCUACAUUCGCUACAUCCAGCAAGGCUUGGUUCGGCAGGAUGCUGAGCCGAUGUUCUGGGAGAUCAUGAGGCUUCGGAAGGGGAUGUCACUAGCCAAGCUUGGCUUCUUCCCCCAGGAGGCCUAGGGCGUGAUCCCAGGCCUGAAGUAGGCUCUGAGCUAGAGCAAACGGCUGCCUUGGGACAGACAGUCAAGAAAUACUGGAGCCAGCUUGAGCCAGAAGCUGAAAGGACAGAUAAACAGCCAGGCUGUAGAGACAGAACUAAGCCAGUCCCAUCCAUUCCUCCUGGGACAGACGGAAGGACAGCCUGCCCUGGACUUCAUGAGAUGACCCUCUUGACCACUGUUCUCUGUAGCCACCAAGAAAAUUUCAAGAAAGCACCAAAGACCAAGGAGCUCGGAGCCAUACUGGAGAGAGACUCAACUCUAGGGAGGGGACCCCUGAACAGCCAGUACCCCCUCCAAAAGUCCCUGCUGUUUACCAAUGCUCUGUUGCUGCCCUGUCUUCAGAAAGGGACUGUUCUGUGGCUGAUCUCCAGAGUAUGCUCCACCGCGGCCUCUAAGCUCUGGGUCACCAGCACCCCCUUGUGGCCAUCUCUCACCCUGUUCCCAAGUGGCCUCAUUAGACUUCCCCAGUGGUAGGGCAAAGGUCUCCAAUCUGAGCACGGUGGAGGGAUAACUGCCCCAAAGUGCUCUGAAAAAGAGUAAGACCCUGUCCCAUUCUUCUGAAUAGAGGCCUCUCUGACCCUCCCUCUCUACUUCAACCCCAUCUUCAGGAGGCCCUGGCCCUAAAAUUGCCAGGGGCCUGGCCUCUUUCUUCUCAAAGUGUGCCACAGGGGAGCCUCAGGAUGUAGUUGUGGGCUGCCAUCCAGACCACAGGGGCCCUGUAUGGGACUGGAUGGAGUGGCUACAUAGGACCUGGACCCUGCCUUACCCAUCCAUCAUAGCCCACUGGGAACUGGGCUUGGGGUAUCCAACCUGGACAUAUCCCUCACCACGCCCCUAUUUCCUUCAAGUGGAAUGUAACACAAUCUCUGUUUAAUAAAGGAAGGCUUUGUUGGUA